GUAAUGUAUAACUUUUUUUACUGUAAUGUUUCUACAGAGGAAGAACCAUCAAAGUUGAACAACAGGUUGUUUGUGAAAAGGAAACUUGUGUUGGUUUGACUUUUGAUUUGAGCUUUUGUAAAUUUGUUUUUGUAGUCGCACGGCUCUCAUCAUUGUAUUCUUGUAGUGGAGAGAUACUGUACUAAAUAUCACAAUGUCUGAAUCUGGAAAUUUGGCUCUGAUCAGUGUGUCCGACAAGACAGGAUUGGAGCAAUUCGCCAAAUCGUUGAACGACCUUGGGUUCAGACUGGUCGCUUCGGGAGGCACCGCCAAACUGCUCAGAGAGACCGGCUACGAGGUGAAGGAUGUCUCCGACCUGACUGGAGUUCCUGAAAUACUCGGAGGCCGAGUCAAAACCCUGCAUCCAGCAAUUCAUGGAGGAAUCCUUUCGAGAACAAUCUCGAGUGAUAAAGCAGAUUUGGCAAAGCUGAGCUAUGAGAUGAUCAGAGUGGUUGUGUGCAACCUGUACCCAUUCUCGAAAGCAAUUGCUGCCCCCAAUGUGACCGUUGAAGACGCCAUUGAAAACAUCGAUAUUGGAGGUGUAACUUUGCUGAGAGCCGCUGCCAAAAAUCACCACCGUGUGACAGUUGUAUGCGAUCCUGAUGAUUACAGUACUGUGGUCAAUGAAUUUCAAAAAACCCCGGAAAAGGACACUACGCUAGAAACUAGGAAACUACUGGCUCUGAAGGCGUUCUCACACACAGCUGAAUACGACCGAGUGAUCUCCGACUACUUCAGGAGGGAGUACAGCGCUGGAGUGUCUCAGUUGACUCUCAGAUACGGCAUGAACCCUCACCAGAAGCCAGCUCAGAUUUUCACCACUCUGCCCAAACUUCCCCUCACCGUGCGCAACGGUUCGCCGGGCUACAUCAACCUGUGCGACGCGCUGAACGGCUGGCAGUUGGUCACUGAACUGAAGGCAGCACUCAGCCUCCCUGCCGCCGCCUCUUUCAAGCACGUCAGUCCCGCCGGAGCCGCUGUCGGCAUUCCGCUAGAGGGCGAUCAGGCAAAACUUUGUAUGGUAGAAGAUCUCAUAGGUCAAAUGUCACCGCUUGCUUUCGCUUACGCCAGAGCGAGGGGCGCCGAUCGCAUGUCUUCGUUUGGAGACUUCAUCGCUCUGUCUGAUGAGUGCGAUGCUAUCACCGCCAAGAUUAUAUCCAGAGAGGUAUCCGAUGGUAUAAUUGCGCCCGGCUACACUGAGGAAGCACUGAAAAUUCUGUCGAAAAAGAAGAACGGCAACUACUGUGUCCUGCAGAUGGACGUCAACUACACGCCCGACCCUAUCGAGAGGAAGACUCUCUUCGGACUGACCCUUGAGCAGAAGCGCAACGACAUUGUUAUCGACAGGUCGCUCUUCACAAACAUUGUCUCCGUCAAUAAGGAGCUACCAGAAACAGCGAUCAGAGACCUGAUUGUUGCAACGAUUGCGUUGAAGUACACGCAGAGUAAUUCGGUGGCUUUUGCCAGGGAUGGUCAGGUGAUUGGCAUUGGAGCAGGACAGCAGUCUCGUAUCCACUGCACUCGUCUUGCUGGCAGCAAGGCUGACAACUGGUGGUUCAGACAACAUCCAUCCGUUCACUGUAUGAAAUUCAAACCCACAACGAAGAGGGCAGAAAUCUCCAACGCUGUUGAUAAUUACGUUUCAGGAACAGUUGGAAAAGAGAUGAAGCAAGAGCUGUGGGAAUCAGUAUUCACUGACGCACCUGGACCACUGGUCGAUUCACAGAAGAACUACUGGCUCACCUACCUCUCUGACGUUUGCCUAGCAUCUGACGCUUUCUUCCCCUUCAGAGACAACAUUGAUCGAGCCAAAAUGAGUGGAGUAAAAUACAUUGCUAGUCCUUCCGGGUCAACCAACGACGCUGAUGUGAUCAAAGCCUGCAACGAACACAAAAUCACAUUGGUUCACACCAACAUCCGAUUGUUCCAUCAUUAACCAAAUGUGCCAUCAUCCUUAUAAGGAUCAUCAUAAUAUUAUAUUAUACUUCACCUCAAUAAUUAUAUCAAAUAUUUUUUUAAGAUUCUGUAGUAUUUUUAUGAUGUUUUGAUAAAAAGUAUUAAAAGUAUGUUGUUUGCAUUACAACAUUUUAUACAUGAGCUUGCCAUACUGGAUUGAUGUAAUAAAAUAUUGUUUAUAAUA